AGUAUAUUCGAAACAAUUGCGAAAUGAAGGUUCUGACGCUCUUCUUGUUGGCGGCCCUCGUGGCAGUGGCUGUGGGCCGGCCAAACGGCGGCUGGCUGGGAAACUUUAACGCCAACUGGAUGAGGAAGUUCGGCUGGGGUUCCGAAGACAGCCAAAACGUGCAGGAACAGAAGUGGAAUAACCAGAAUCAGUGGAAUGGCCAGAAUCAGUGGAAUGGCCAGAACCAGUGGAACGGAAAUGGUCAUGGCCAGGGUCAGGGUCAGAAUCAGGGUCAGUGGAACGGUAAUCAUGGCCAAGACGGACAUGGUUACGGAAACCACCAUGGUCAUGGUAACGGACAUGGUCAUGGAGGUCACCGGCCGUCACCACUCCCACCAACAACGGAUCUGCCCGAGGUGUCCACCGAAGACGAUAUUGCAUCCACCACCGAUGUGACCAGCCCCGUCGAGGAAAGCACUCUUGCCCCUGAAGUUCCAGAGGAUUCCACCACCCAGGAACCCGAGGGCAACACGACUGACUCCGAAAAUGGUAGCGGUUCUACUAAAGAUACCACUUUGGCUCCAGAAGACCCAGAGGAUUCCACCACCCAGGAGCCCGAGGACAACACGACUGACUCCGAAAAUGGUAGCGGUUCUACUGAAGACACCACUUUGGCUCCCGAAGAACCAGAGGAUUCCACCACCCAGGAACCCGAGGACAACACCACUGACUCCGAAAAUGGUAGCGGUUCUACUGAAGACACCACUUUGGCUCCCAAAGAACCAGAGGAUUCCACCACCCAGGAACCCGAGGACAACACGACUGACUCCGAAAAUGGUAGCGGUUCUACUGAAGAUACCACUUUGGCUCCCGAAAACCCAGAGGAUUCCACCACCCAGGUACCCGAGGACAACACCACUGACUCCGAAAAUGGUAGCGGUUCUACUGAAGACACCACUUUGGCUCCCAAAGAACCAGAGGAUUCCACCACCCAGGAACCCGAGGACAACACGACUGACUCCGAAAAUGGUAGCGGUUCUACUGAAGAUACCACUUUGGCUCCCGAAAACCCAGAGGAUUCCACCACCCAGGUACCCGAGGACAACACCACUGACUCCGAAAAUGGUAGCGGUUCUACUGAAGACACCACUUUGGCUCCCAAAGAACCAGAGGAUUCCACCACCCAGGAACCCGAGGACAACACGACUGACUCCGAAAAUGGUAGCGGUUCUACUGAAGACACCACUUUGGCUCCCGAAGAACCAGAGGAUUCCACCACCCAGGAACCCGAGGACAACACCACUGACUCCGAAAAUGGUAGCGGUUCUACUGAAGACACCACUUUGGCUCCCAAAGAACCAGAGGAUUCCACCACCCAGGAACCCGAGGACAACACGACUGACUCCGAAAAUGGUAGCGGUUCUACUGAAGAUACCACUUUGGCUCCCGAAAACCCAGAGGAUUCCACCACCCAGGUACCCGAGGACAACACCACUGACUCCGAAAAUGGUAGCGGUUCUACUGAAGACACCACUUUGGCUCCCGAAGACCCAGAGGAUUCCACCACCCAGGAACCCGAGGACAACACGACUGACUCCGAAAAUGGUAGCGGUUCUACUGAAGACACCACUGUGGCCACUGAAGUUCCAGAGGACUCCACCACCCAGGAACCGGAGAAAGAAACCACGGACUCUGAGGACGGAAGCGGUUCUUCGACUCUUGAGCCCGAGGACUCCACAACCGAGGCACCCGAAGAACCAGAGAUUUCUACCACUCAGGCUCCCGAAGACCCCACCACCCAAGCCUGAUUCUUCCGUGGUCUAGGAAGAUACUUGGGUUACUCUAAAGGUUUCUAAAAAGUCUGCAUUUUCUCAGCAAUCGCUAAAGAAUUCAGCGUCUCAUAGCAAGGUUAUUAAACAAAGAAUUUUAAGGCGAAAUGUGGUGAAAAUAUUAAACUGUUACAACUUAUUUAUUAACCGUGUUUUUACAAAACCACGUGAAAAGAAUUCUAGGCUUAAGAUUAAAAUCCAUGAAGUGACAUCGUGUUAUGCAGUCACGCACUCCUCAUAUAGCUUUAUAGUUCCCACAAUCUGAACAAUUAAAACUACCAAAAAACACCCUAA